GGGUUCUUCCAUGGCGAGGCGAUGGGCGGGCGCCUGGAAGCAAUGCAGGGCCAUGGCGACCUCGGCAGCUCCUCCGGCCGCUCCCGAUGCCGCAGCAGUGACGCGCGCUGCGCUGAUCCCUUACAGCGAAGGGGCGAUCAGAUGGGGGGGUAAGAAAUACGAAGGGCCCGUGCUGGGGAAGAUGAAUCUCCUCAAGGGGGAGUAUAAGAAGCAGGUCAAGGAGAUCCGCAAGGAAUUCCAGAAGGAGGUGGAGAAGAAGAGGAUCGCCAAGGAGCGGUCGGAUGUGGCGGAGCGAGAGAAGGCCUUGCAGCAUCGCGAGCAAGAGUGUAUUUUGCGGUGGCAGAGGAAAGAGGAGAAGCGGCUCAAGGCGCAGGAGAGGAAAGAGUCCUUGCGCGCUAUUAUCGACAAGGAAAAAAGGAUCAAAGCUGCGAGCCACGCUAGGCAAGUCGCCGAGCACCAAAAGGCCAGGGACGAGAGGCUGGAAGCUCUGCGCGUGUCGAGCUCGUCGUGGAUCGAAGAGAAGGAUUUGGAGGCGAGGAUCAACGAAGCCUUCGUGGAUCCCAUCCCGCUGCUCAGAGUCGGCAAACCACUGGAAGCAUACGACUCUUUCGCAACUCAAGUGCCCAGUCCCAAGCGACCCGAGGAUCCACUGCUCCGAGACGACGAUGACGAGCUUCUGAGCGCAUUUGGCAAGAAAUCUUCUUCCAGGAUCACUGGACGUGACAUUCUCGCCUCGGCCGCAAGAGCCACGACCAAGACGCCAUUCUGAUGGAAAGUCUUUAAAAAACUCGCUCGCCGGAAUCGAACGCUCGACCCUUUAAAGCCUAA